AUGAAUCCCAUAGUGGUCCCAUACCACGGCAAAGUGUGCAUCUUUGGGGGUGACACUGGAGGUGGAUAUUGGGUUGAAAUCUACUAUCCAAAAUUAGAUUUAUGGGAAAAAAGGGAAGUGCCCGAAGAUAUAUACAUGUUCGAGAAUCCUAAAUCUUACUUUUUGUGGGAGGACAGAACGAAGCCUCAUAAGACGACCCUCAUUGUGUUUUAUUGUUCUUUUGGUAAGAAACAUUGGCUCAUCUCAUAUAAUUUCGAGGCCAACCUUUGGGAAGACCUCUGGUGGGGGUUUCCGCCAAUUCGUGAUUCUUAUCCAAGGAAACUCAUUCGUUUGGCAUGCAGUGAGUAUUUACUCAUUGUUGACUCUGCAGCUAAGUGGUACAUUUAUGACUCUUCUAAGGAGAAACUUGUGGCAGAUGUGCACGUGAAUGGUUUGGAAGAGCUGACUGGACGGGUGUCAUAUGUUUUCUGUUGCUACUACAGCAGCGAGGAAAGUCUGAUUUAUCUCUUCAUGGAACUAGAUGAAAAGGUUGUUGAGGAACGUGGUGGUGAUCUUGACCUUGUUCCUUAUGCUAGAGUCAAGCUCCACCAAAUUGAUGGUAAAUUUUCUGCCAAGGUUGAAUCCAAGGGUAAUCUUAAAGUUGGUUCCUAUAGCAAACUCUAUAUGUUUGCUGUUGGUGACCAAGACACUGAAUUAAAGAGAAGAUUGUAGCUUAGCUUAGUUUUGUGCAUCAUACUGGUGUGGUGGCCAUUAUAUUAAUAGGAAUAUGUUUUGUUGAACAGAGAUAUACCCCUUUAUUGUAGCUUAGGUUUGUGUAGGGAUCUUCAUUCUGGACUUGUGAGUUUGUUGCAUUGGAAUGGAAGAGGGAAGAUAUAGGUGGGGUUGGAUCUUAUUAAGCCUUGUCCUUUUGAUGCUCUUUGGGCACCCUAUGAUGAACACUCCUUUUUUCUCUUUGGAUUAUUGACUAUGAACAAAUUUCUCUUUAUUUGAUUGAUCCACACUUGUUGUUUCAUAAAUCAAUAUUAUUUUGAAUUGCGCAGUCUAAAUGUUUAAAGUAUACAAUACGUGUUAGCUAAAGUUGAAAAGCUUAAUACUUUUCCCAAUAAAAAAAUGGAAGGUAGUAGGUGGUUUAGAAAUUAAAGAUGACUAGCAAUGCUAAGAGUAAUUAGAGAUUUCUUGCUUUUAAGAUCAUAUAGGAAUUUUUUUCAUUGUUAAAUUAGAUAUGUUCAAAUUACAAAAGUUGGCUCUGCUAAGAUUUUAGUGGGACAGAGCAAUGUGUCCAAUGAUGCAGGGGAGAGAGAAAG